AUAAAUCAAACAAACAAUGUUGAAAUUAGUGGUUUUAUUGUGUGCUGUUGCCUGUGCUUUGGGUGCUGCCGUGCCUGAGGGUAUGAUCCCUCAAUUGGAUGGACGCAUUGUUGGCGGUGAAGCUACCACCAUCAGUUCAUUCCCUUGGCAAAUCUCUCUCCAACGUAGUGGUUCUCACUCUUGCGGUGGUUCCAUCUACAACUCCAAAAUCAUUGUGACUGCUGCCCAUUGCUUGCAAUCCGUCUCGACCUCUGUCUUGAAGAUUCGUGCUGGUUCUUCCUACUGGAAUUCUGGUGGUGUUUUGGUUGGUGUGGCUGCUUACAAGAGCCAUGAAGGCUACAACUACAAAACCAUGGUUAACGAUAUUGCCAUCAUUCGUUUGAGCUCUUCUUUGAUGAUGUCUUCCACGAUUAAGGCUAUUGCUUUGGCUACCAAUGCCCCUCCUAGUGGAGCUGCUGCUACGGUUUCCGGUUGGGGUACCACCUCAUCUGGUGGCAGCAUUCCCGCUCAAUUGAGAUAUGUCAACCUUAAGAUUGUCGAUCGCAGUCAAUGCGCUUCUUCCACCUAUGGCUAUGGUGCUGAAAUCAAGUCUACCAUGAUCUGUGCCUACACUGCCGAUAAGGACUCUUGCCAAGGUGACUCUGGCGGCCCUUUGGUGUCCGGUGGUGUCUUGGCUGGUGUUGUAUCAUGGGGUUAUGGCUGCGCCUACGCCAACUAUCCUGGUGUAUAUGCUGAUGUUGCUGUUCUCCGCACCUGGGUUACGAAAAAUGCUUUAUCCAUUUAAAUAAAUACAUAAGAAAUUUUAUAAAGAAUUUUUACU